CAGUAAUUACCUCAUGUCAGGCUGCGAAGACUGCUGUUGUGUACAUAUACCUCAGUGCCGAUCUCUAAGGGAUCCAGGAAAACAACACACAAGCGGUGAGAGAAAAGGGGAGGGAGACAGAGUGAAAGGUUUACAGAUAAGCCGCUGACCAGACCGGUUACUGUUACUCUAUAUACUCAGCUCGCAUAUAAAUACUGUGGGAUUUGUUUUUCUAGAAUGGUGGAGACCAAAACUGAGCAGAACUGGUUCCACACCUCAUCAUAAAAAAAAAUCUAUUGGGGUGACGUUUGAAGUAAUGGUUAGUUAAGCUAACCUAUCAACACUAAAUUAUUCAUUUAUAGUGUUUGCUCUCGGUCGAUUCUAAUCAGCUACGGAUCUGGCAGUGUUCGUUUCCCCAGCAAUGAACUGGACGGGCUGCACAGGUGAUGAAGUCGGAGACUCUCCGUGAAUGUUAGAAAUACUGCUUCGUAGCCAAAGAGGAAUCGCCAAAGAUAACCUUAUCGACCACUGCAUUGGAGCUCCGAGUGUCGGACAGCCAUGCGGCUGCUCCUUUCCAUGCCCUGUGGGUCUUUGUCUUAAGGUAGAGCAGAAUCGUACUCGACUCGACCUCGGCAGCACAUUGAGCUACCGAAUUAUCUAAGCCAUGAAAGACACAGGUGAAUCAAAGGACCAGCAACUCACGGUGGCCCUGCGAAUUCGCCCACUGAGUGAUGCAGAACAGGAGGAGUCAGCCUCUAUAGUGGCCCAUAAAGUCGAUGACCAGAUGGUAGUUCUGAUGGAUCCAAUGGAAGAUCCUGAUGACAUCCUGCGUGCCAAUCGCUCCAGGGAGAAGACCUACCUCUUCGACGUGGCAUUUGACUACUCUGCCACUCAGGAUGAGGUGUACCGUGCCACCACCAAGGGGCUGAUCGAGGGGCUCAUCUCGGGCUACAAUGCCACAGUGUUUGCCUAUGGUCCCACGGGCUGUGGAAAGACCUACACUAUGCUGGGCACAGACAAAGAGCCGGGGAUCUAUGUCCGCACUCUGAAUGACCUGUUCAGAGCCAUUGAGGAGACCAGUGAUGACAUGCAGUACAGUGUUUCCAUGUCAUAUCUUGAGAUUUACAAUGAGAUGAUCCGUGACCUGCUGAACCCCUCCUCAGGAUUCCUGGAUCUCCGGGAGGAUUCCAAGGGAGUUAUCCAGGUGGCAGGAAUCACAGAGGUGUCCACCAUCAAUGCCAGGGAGAUCAUGGAGCUGCUGAUGAAGGGGAACAAGCAGCGCACGCAGGAGCCCACGGCCGCCAACCAGACGUCCUCGCGCUCCCACGCGGUCCUGCAGGUCUCCGUGCGGCAGCAGAGCCGCUGCCGCGACAUCCUGCAGGAGGUGCGCUUCGCCCGGCUCUUCAUGAUCGACCUGGCCGGCUCCGAGCGCGCCUCACAGACACAGAACCGUGGCCAGAGGCUAAAGGAAGGCGCCCACAUCAACCGCUCUCUUCUGGCCCUGGGAAACUGUAUCAAUGCCCUGAGUGAGAAAACUGGAAACAAGUAUGUGAACUACAGGGACAGCAAGCUCACACGCCUACUCAAGGACUCCCUGGGUGGGAACAGCCGCACAGUGAUGAUCGCCCAUAUAAGCCCCGCCUCCACCGCCUUUGAGGAAUCUCGAAACACCCUGGUCUACGCCGACCGCGCCAAGAGCAUCCGCACGCGGGUGAAAAAGAACCUGCUGAAUGUGUCGUACCACAUCGCCCAGUACACCAACAUCAUCUCCGACUUGCGCACCGAGAUUCAGCGCCUCAAGAAGAAGAUUGCAGAGCAGGCCACCCGACAGGCCCCCGGGGAGCGGGCUGACAUCCGCAACGUGCAGGCGGAGGUCCAGGCGCACUCUUCUCAGAGCCGGGUGGAGAUGGAGCAGCUGAGGGAGCAGCUCAUCGAGGCCUUUCGGCAGCAGAUGGAGGUCCGCAAGAGCCUAAUGGAGCUGGAGAACAACAACAUGGAGAUCCAGAUUGACACCUCCAAACACCUGCUCACCAUCGCAGACUGGGAGCAGGAGCGCUCCCGCCGGGCAUGGAAGUGGCAUGCGGAGCGACGCAAGGAGAGCUUCAACAAGGAGGACAGCGAGAAGGACUCGGACACCCCCGAGGAGCUGCCCGAUGCCACGGAGACGCAGGAGGUUGCCAUGGCGAGGGAGAACCUGGUCACACUGAUGGCCGAGCAGAAGAAAAUUCGGAAACAGAAGCUGGCGCUGGAGAGGCGGUUCCGGGACCUGCGGGAGCGGGCCUGGCGGCUGGAGGAGCUGCUCCCGCGCCGGGUGAGCUCGGAGGAGCAGCGGGAGGUGCUGGGGCUGCUGUGCAAGGUGCACGAGCUGGAGAUCGGGAACGCCGAGAUGCAGUCCCACGCCCUGCUCAGGGACAACGUCAUCCGGCAGAAGGACUACGUGGUGCGGCGCUUCCAGCUGCACCGCCACCUCUGCGACGAGAUCAUCCAGCAGCAGAGGCAGUUCAUCAACGAUCACAGUCUGCUGGUGCCUCCUCACCUGCAGGAGCUGUAUGAGAUGUACACAAGGGAGCUGGACGAGAGAAAGCUGGACAGGGUCAUGGCCCUGGACAGAGUAACCGUGCCCACUUUCAAGGAGGGGUCCCUGCCCAAGAUCCCCUUGGCCGGGAGAGGUCGCGACCCCCUACAGGAUAUUGACUCGGACCAGGAGAGCGUGCACACGCUGGGCUCUGAAACAAGGCGCGGCCGAGCAAAGUCACGACGGCACACCCUACCACCCAUACCCAUCCUCCCCGAGCCUGAGAGUGACAGCCUCUUGGUGUUCAAGAGCAGCCCUCACGCCCGGCAGAUGAAACACUCCAUAGUGAUGACGCCACCUCCAAUUCACAUCAGCAGCCCUGGGACCCGCGAGCCAGCUCCACAAGAUGGGGUGUUGAGCUACAGCCUUCUGAGCCACAGUGUCAGCAGUCACCUGGAUUCCUCUCCAGAGAGCAGUGAGAACGGGGCAGAAGUCCCUCUGUCCCGCAAAGAGCGCCAGCAGAUCCUGAAAGGGGUGAAGAACAUCGCCGUUAAAGCCGCCCGCCGCCGCUCCAAGGUCCUGGAAGGAGACGCGCUGCGGCUGCCGCCACCCUCACCCCUGGACCCCCCCAAACACAAGAGCAGCCUGUCUCUGAGCGAGGGGCCCCCCCGCGGCCCGGCCCCCCGGCGGGACAGGAGGCCCAGCCCGCAGCUCCAGCACGCCACCUCCGAGGACAACCUGUCCAGCAGCACCGGGGACGGACCCGGCCCGCGGGCCACCUGGACGCGGCCCCAGCACCGCCGGCCCGGCGAGAAGAAGCCCGCCCCCAGGGAGAGCGACUUCGAGGCCCGGCGCCGCAAGAGGAGGUCCAGGUCCUUCGAGGUCACGGGGCAAGCGCUCCCUCAGUCUAAGAGCACAGCCCAGCGCUUCCGGCCACUGGACAGCACCUCAGACCCCCACCUCCAUAUCAACGGCCAGCAGCCUGCCCCUGUGCCACGGGCCCAGGCAAGGGGCGUCCUUCCCUUGUCCAAAGUGAGGCUUCCCCACCAGCCAGGGCCAAACACAGCUGCCUCUGACUCCUCUUCCUCCAGCUUCCCCCUCAACCAACCUGGGCAUCUCAAGCGAGGAGCUCAACACAGGCAGCCUCAGCAUCUGCUCAACAUUAGCAUGACCGGGGGACAGCGCACACGGAAACACUAAAACUCAGCAAGACCCGUCAAUGAGGCUGUCAGCCACACAGACUUGACCAGACCUUCCAGAUGCACACCCCUGGACAUUUCCAUAGAUGUGAUAUGAAAACAGUAGCAACCUGGUCUCUCUCUGGUUCUGGUCUUUGAAACAGGUUACAAAAGGCACUUCUCCGAAUGAAAAAGAAAAAAAGAACCAUCUCGUCAUACCACCUCAAGGCAGAGGUCUUGUGCCUUCUCCGUUUCAGUAUUUGCCUGGCCAGCAUCACAGAAACAUCACUCACGAGUCAGAGAGAGGUGUGUUUCUCCAAGCUGAAGUGGUAUAUCAAUUUGUUGAUGAAGGUCCUGUCUUAUGGGAGUAUUCCAUUAGUUUGUGCAGCACAUUUCACACAUUUUCACUCACAUGUGACACUUUUCUCACUCACAUGUGACUUUUUAAUCAGAUACUUUUUUGUAAAUGGUGUUGCUGUUUAAACACAACAAUUAAGUGGAGUUAUAAAACUGAAAUGGCUCAGAUUAUAAGUGUCUAUGUGUUUAUCGAAACCAAAUGCAAAACAAUGACUGUACGUUCACUCCCUUUGUAACCAUUCAAUAGAUUUGUUCAUUAAAUAAAACAGAAGACAACAGCCCACUGCAGUAAGAACAUUUUCAUAAUUAUCUGGUUUGAGGUGACAAAGAUGCUGAAAACAUUAAACUGUUCUGCAGAUUUUAAAAAAUCAAAGAUGUAGAAACUACUUCUAGUACUAUUGAGAAUAAUCUUUUGAUUGCACUUUGUUAUGGUAGCAAACCCAUUGAUUUAUCUUUCAAGUCCGAUGAUUAUGAGCAUUAUACAGAGACAAAUAUAUCCAAGACAAAAGGUUUUUGUGCGUUCUACAUUUGCUGGUCAUUGUGCUGCUAAAUUUAGAGCCCAAUUAUUAAAUAACCACAAAAUUAAGGGGCAAUAUAAAAUUAGUAAAAAACUGAUUUUAAAUCUCAUCCUAAGCAGACAACUGUGUACACUUCUAACUUUUAACUUUUGCCUUUUUUAAUGUUUUGAAGUCACAAUUUUUGUCUGGUUUUGUAAUUAGAAAACGAGUGUUUUUUUUUCAAUUCUUUGUUUUGUAAAUUUUGUAAAAAAAAAUAAAAAAUCUAAUAAAACUUGUAGAAAAGCCUUCCUGAAUUCAAGAAUCUGAUCAAAGCCUUUCUGCCUACCUUUCAAAACACAGCACGCAUAGUUCUGUCUUUGUAAUACUGCUCAUUGUAACGAACAUUGAGUCAAUGUGAAAGUAAAAAAUAUCAUGUCACUAUAUUGAAACUGUACAGGAAAUGCAAAUGUGUGAGAGCUUUAUCUCAAAAGCAUAUUUUUAUAGAGCUGCAUUUAAUUUAAUUCCAAAUUAUCCCUUGAAAAAGACUCAAGGAUUAAUAAUAGGAACAUUUAGAACUGAGAUGGGCUCUGUGGACAACCACCGUUUGACGAUAUAAAACCCUUAUUUGGACCAGAAAAUUCCAUUUUCAGAGUUGUUAACAAUGGGACGUGUUCCCUGCUCAUAAUAUGAACUAUGCAGAAUGGUCUGGGCACAUUUCAUAAAUUGGUUUAAGAGCAAAAACAACUUUUUGUAGCUUGAACUUGCACAAGUUUCCCAUGUAACUGUGAGGCUUAACAAUUUCAUAUUCUGCUCAAGACCCCUUAGGCAACCAUAUUCGAAUAGAUAAAGAGGAUGCAAUUAAAGCCUGUUUUUUCCAACUUGGCAGUUACUUUGUACAUUAUUUAUCAUUUGAGUACCUCAUUAAACUCUGUAACAGUGAUU